GGCGUGCUAAUUUAGCUGCAAGCUCUCUACCCACAUGAAAGACUGGAAGACCUGUGCCUUGCUUCGCUUCGCCAUUUGCUGGUCAACACCUAGGACCGUAUCCUAGCCUUAUCUUCGCCGAUUUGAGGUUUGCGGCCCCCCUUUUGCUUUUACCAUAGCAUGCUUAGCAAUUGGUAAAGAAGUAUGCUCUCGCACGCUUAUCAACGCUGUCGCUUAGGGCCGACGUGGAAGCUUCGCUGCGAAAAGGCGCGAAGGCACGGGGGCUUUGGUGUGCGACGCGGCCGAACGCUUGCGCAGCCCGUAUGCGCCCUGACCCCAAAUGACCCUCGGGAUGCUUCAAGCAGCGGCGACAGGGAGCCCCACAAGCGCGCUCCGCAUCCCGAAUUGGAGGACAUUGGCGCGGGCAGGGUACUGGGCGCAUUAGAAAAAUGGGCGGCGAAAGGCGAAUAAUCCCAGGCGAAAUAGGCGAAGAAGCAUCAUCAGUUUAUGGUCCAGUCCGGUUUCAAGGUGUCCAACUGAUCAUCACGACCGACAACUUGACAGUAAUAGGUCGGCAAAUCGCUUCAUUCAUUCCUGUUCGUAGUAAGUUCAUUGUAGCUCACACGCAGUUCAUUGUAGAUUCAAGCACGCCCGAGCAGCCUGCGUGCCAACCCCUAAAGGUCAUACGUACCCAGCCACAAACUUGCACAUGCAGCACCUAUCAACACGCGCUUGCUACGAUUCUAGCCAAGUUCGAGUUCCUGAACGCCUGGCCGAGCCCACGGGGAGGCAGCGAAGCCCUGGGAAAGGGCUCUAAGGGGCAAAUAUUCAGCAAGUUUCAGUACGGCGAGGCUGCCGUACGGGUAAUUCGCCUUUCCGCCAACCUUGAAGGGCCCGGCAGGCGAAUAGGCAAAUUGCGGCGAAAUCGUACUUGGCGAAUAACUUGCCUUUCGCCCAGUACCCUGGGCGCGGGCAACCGCAGCAGCAGUAGCAGUAUUCCGGACGCGCUCCCGUACUUGGGGAGUGAGUCAGACUGGCGGGAGUUCAGGGCCCAGCUGGUGUCCCAGGCGCGCGGGCUGCCCUCUGCCGCAGCAGCAGCCGGGGAGGAGUGGGCGCAUGCGGUACCCCGGCCCGAGCGGGGGGCGCUGCUGCUGGCGCACCCGCAGCUGUUCCAGACGAGCCAGACCUACUUCCACCGCGCCGCCAUCCUGGUGAUGGAGCACGGGCCGCAGGGCAGCUACGGCCUCAUCCUGAACCGCCCCUCCCCGCUGCUGCUGCGCGACGUGCAGCUCAGCCGCCCGCAGCCGCAGUUCGGGGAGUGUCGGGUGUACAUGGGGGGAGACGUGGGGCAGGGGGAGGUGCAGAUCUUGCACCCCCACGGCCACCUGUCAGGUGCGGUGGAGGUGGUGAAGGGGGUGUAUGCGGGCGGCAUGGAGGCAGCCCGGCAGGCGGUGGAUGCGGGCAGCGUGCAGGCGGGGGACUUCAGGUGGUUCAACGCCUACGCCGGCUGGGCUCCCGGGCAGCUGGAGGCGGAGUGCCGCCGCGGGGUGUGGUUCCCCGCCGCCGCCAGCCCCCGGCUGCUGCUGGAGCCGGUGGCGCCGGGGCAGGGGGCGGCGUACUGGCACCGCGUGAUGCAGAUGAUGGGGGGCCACCACGAGACCCUAUCCCGGGUGGUGCAGAAGCACGAGCAGCGAGCGGACACCCCCUGACCAUGGGCGGG